UGAACUCUGCUCUUUUGCUAUUGCAUGCCUUCUCUUCUUUUAUACGCCCUUGAGAAAUUUCUGCAGCCCAAAAAUUCUUCGAAUUCUGUGAAUGAAUGAGUAAACGCAGAAAUGUUAUCCAUAGAAGGUAUUUUUACAGCUAUUUGCAAUUUCUAGCUAUAGUACAGUUUAUAACUGUCUGCAUGGCCUGUGGAAGACACCUAUAGAUCUAUAUAGUCCUAUACCUCUCUACUCCACUGCUGUAUUCACAUGUGUGUGUGAGACUGUGUCUUGUAAGCUGAAAAGAAAAUUAUAUAUCCAUUAGUAUCGGAGAGAACAUGCACUGCACCUGGUUGGUGCUGCUACUGACCCUAGCUACUGUUACCAGGAGUGAGUACUAUCACAUUGUGCCAGUGGAUUCAACCGACUUGUGUCAUGACUAUCAAAAUAAAACUUGUUUCACUCUCGAGCAGCUUGUUCAAACAGCCCUGUUAUCUGGUGGAGACAAUCUCACCUUGAGCUUUCUACCUGGAGAUCAUUUAUUGAGUGAAAUCCUUUACAUUUGUAAUUUUGGAGAGGUGAUUAUUGCUGGCCAAAAUGCCACCAUCAAUUUGAACAAUUCUGGUAGAGUGCUGUUAUCCAAUAUCAGUGCAUUGAGUAUCGAAGGUUUGCAUUUCACUGGAGCAGGUGAUGAAAGUAGUUCAGGCUACAUGAACAUUUCUCAAGAAUUAUUUAUCGCUGAAUGCUAUUUGGUAGACUUGAAAUUGCUAAAGUUGGAAGCUUGUACACUCUGGAUCACUCGUACGGUAACUGUGACGAUUGAACAAGUUCUCUUUGUGAACAACACUAGCACUUACAGAGCAUUAUAUGUUGAGGCUGAUAAUGUGUACAUUGAAAAGAGUGACUUCUUCAGUAACAAUGGCGGUGCAGUGAACAUUGAAUCAAAUCAAAUUGUUAUUAAUGGUUCAAGGUUCGAUUCCAAUACUGCUGUAUGUGGUGGAGCAGUGUUUGUGGCCUCUGCAAGUGUGACUAUCAGUUGGUGCAACUUUACAAAUAAUAGCGCUUAUCAUAAUGGUGGAGCGAUUAGAUCUAUGACCUACGAAAGUAACUUGUUCAUUUCCAACUGUGCGCUACUAAACAAUAAUGCUAUCAUUGACGGUGGAGCAAUUAGUAUCUGGUUUGGGAGUGUCUCAAUCUCCGACAGUGAGCUAGCGUACAACAGUGCUGCUGAAUCUGGUGGAGCAAUUAAUAUCUGGUUAGGGGGUGUCUCAAUCUCCGACAGUGAGCUAGCGUACAACAGUGCUGAGAGAGCAGGUGGAGCGAUUUCGAUUUUGAGUGGAGAGUUACUAAUAUCCGAUAGCGAGCUAACAAACAACAAGGCUGCAGUCUCUGGUGGAGCGAUUGGACUUUACAGAGUUAAUGCAUCUAUCAUGAGCUGUAAUAUAACGGACAAUGAAGCUGUAGUUGGUAAUGGAGGAACUAGCGCUGGUGGAGCGAUUUUGGCAUUGAUUGGAACUAUAUCUAUCUCCAAAGUCAUGAUUAAAAAUAACAGUGCUGAUUUUGGUGGAGUAAUUUCUGUUGCUGAUGUGCCUGUUAUCAUUUCCGACUGUGUGCUCACCAACAACAGAGCCACCAAACAAGAUGGAGUGAUUGCGGUUGUUAUCUCAACUUUGAUAAUUACUAAUACAAGCAUAUUUGACAAUUUAGAGGGUGAAAAUAUCAUUUACGCAGUGCAUUCUAACUUGUCAUUUAUAGGAGUUAACACCGUUAGCAAUAAUAUAAACCCUGUGUAUGCUCUAAGCAGUCGAGUGGAGUUCAAUGGACCCACAACUCUCAGUAACAAUCGUGGUGUGCAGGGUGGAGCCAUCAGAGCAGUCCAGAGUCAAAUCUAUAUCAAUGCAGAAGGAGUGGUCAUUUCUAACAAUACUGCUACCUUUGGAGGAGGUGUGUUUCUGAGAGAGAGUACACUCUCUAUUCACUAUCCAAUAGAGAUAUCCCAUAACACAGCACAAAAUGGUGGUGGGAUUUAUGCAUACUCAAGCGAAAUUGAAUUUGAUUCGAAGGUUACUACUGGUUGUAUAUUUAAUCAUCAGUUUGUCCUGUGUACAUGUAGUGACAUGGAACCUGUACUGUUUGUGAGUAUUAUAGAUCGAAAUGAUGCUCAAAAUGGAGGAGGUAUUUAUGCAGUCGCUUCAAACAUCAAGGCCUUUUCUCACGCUCACGUCCACAUCAAGUCAAACUCAGCAAACAAUAGCGGAGGUGGAAUUUAUUUACGACAAAGUUCUAAGAUACAUAUUCUGAAACAGGACGUGGAGCUAGAGCUUGGUAAAACGCUGGUCAUACUAGAAAUCUACAGUAACACGGCUCAAUAUGGAGGGGGGAUAUUUGUGGCAGACAGUACUGAGAGUGGUGUGUGUAGAGGAGAGGAUGUAACUACUGCAGGAGAUCUGCCACAAACAGAGUGCUUCAUUCAAACUAUAGAUCUCUAUGGUUUUGAUAACAAUUCUAUUAAGGGUGUGAUACCUUUGAUCCAAGCUUUCUUUUCUUUAUUAAUGACUGGAUUUAAUGAAGAAGUUAAAUGUUUGAACAGUGCAAUCAAUAAUCGCAACACUUUUCUGACAAACAACACAGCUACCCAGUCAGGAGCAGAUAUUUACGGAGGUCUUUUGGACAGGUGUACGGUGGAUGUAUCAGCCGAACUCUCUUCAUCAGACAAUGGAUUUGAGUACUUGAACAAUACUGUGCAUUAUUCAUGGAUAGCUUCAAAGGCUGUCAGAGUGAAGUUGUGUAACACCACCAAGCAGACCAUUUCUGUUAGAAAAGGACAAGCAUUCACAAUCAGUGUUAUGGCUGUAGACCAAGCUGGAAAUCCAAUGAAUAAUGCCAAAAUUCACAGUUCUGUUAUCACUGAGAGCAGUAGAGUUGAUCGUCUCAAAGAAGGACAAGCACAGCAAGAAGUUGGCAAUCAGUGCACAGAAUUAGAGUACAAUGUAUUCUCACAAGACAGCUCUGCUCAAGUGGAACUCUAUGCUGAUGGUCCAUGCAACAAUUUGGGAAUUUCAAGACAAAUUCUAAACAUUUCUUUUCUAAAGUGUGAAUGCCCUAUUGGACUCAAGCCAAUCAUGUCCUCAAUUGAGUGCAAGUGUGACUGUGAUCCAGUCUUGCAACAAGAAUAUCAAAUAACAAACUGUUCUGAGGAUAAUGGGACCAUAAAAUUGGAAAGCAAUAACAACAUAUGGAUAGGAGUGACUAAUACCACUAACGGAAGUGGGUAUGUUGUUAGUAACUGUACAUUUGACUAUUGUGUACUAAAACCAGUCAACAUCAGUCUAAGCAACCCUGACAAACAGUGUGCCUACAAUCGAAGUGGUGUCUUGUGUGGAGAAUGUGAAUCAGGACUGAGUCUUGUGUUAGGUACUUCACGAUGUGAACUCUGCUCAAACACUUACCUUCUCCUGCUAGUCCCGUUUGCCCUGGCAGGCAUAGUACUAGUUGUAUUCAUUCUCGUUUUCAACAUUACCGUAGCAACAGGCACUAUCCAUGGGCUGAUCUUCUACACUAAUGUAUUAGCUGCAAAUCAGUCGAUUUUCAUACCUUUUCAUAACCCUUUGACAGUUUUCAUAUCGUGGGUAAAUCUUGACUUAGGUAUUGAGACAUGCUUUUAUGAUAGAAUGAACUCUCAAGCAAAAGUGCUCCUUCAGAUUGUCUUUCCUGCUUACCUGUUUCUUUUGAUGUUCUUAAUAAUCAUUUUAAGCAAGUACUUUGACUCAUUUUCAAAGCUCCUCUCCAACAGGAACCCAGUUGCUGCCCUAGGCACACUCGUCCUACUCUCUUAUUCCAAACUCUUACGGUUUAUCAUUGCUGCACUGCAAUACAGGGUCUUGUAUUAUCCUGAUGGUGCAACCAAGGUGUUGGAUUUUCCCAACAAUUCAAGUGAUAUAGUUUGGAUGUAUGACGGCAAUGUGCAAUAUUUCACUCCCGGUCACGUCCCUCGGUUUGUUUUUGCCGCCAUAAUCCUCAUUUCUGGUAUAUUGUUCACUGUAGUGCUCUUGUUUGGACAAUGGCUUCCUCGCUGUUCAAAAUGGAAGCUCAUGAAAUGGACUAAGAACACAUACUACAAUGGCUUCAUGGAUGCAUACCAUGCUCCAUUCACUCCCAAGCAUCGCUACUGGGUGGGACUGCUCCUAUUUUCUUUGAUCGCUCAUAAUCUAAUAACAGCCUUUUUGGCUUUGGACACUUCUCUCCCCGUACUAUCAGCUGGAUCUAUAACUGUUGGACUUAAUAUUUUCAAAUCACAGAAUUAUCCAGUGUACAAAAUACGAUUCAAUGAUUUACUGGAAACACUCUUUUUCCUCAAUCUUGCAAUUCUAGCGUAUGGUACCCUCUACAUAGGAAGCAUCAAUGGGAAUCAAGUCAUAAUAUCCAACAUUUCAAUGGCAGUGGCUUUUAUUUUGUUUGUGGUGAUAGUCUGCUACCAUUGUUACGAGUACAUUUUGAAAACAGUUCCUGUUCUGCAAAAUGCACUCAAACUGAGAAAACUGAUUCCACGAGUUCGCAAACUGGAAAAGUACGAAAUGGAGAACGAAACCUGGACAAACGCGGACAGAUACACUGAUGAAGCCAUGGAAGAAUCUGACCCUGAUCAUUCGCUGGACCAGCUGAGAGAGCCUGCCCUGGACGUACUAACCCCCCUCACCACGGAGGACUACAGACCAGCCCCUCCCCCUCCUCAAGCUACAGCUGACAAUGCACCCAAAGUCACGCACACUGUCAUCGAUGUCGUGAAACAGUAACAGUAACAUAAUUAUAGAUGCACAAUGACUUUAAUUUUGUGGACUAGAUUCAGUUACUUGUAACGACUUUGCUAGUUAACAUAGCUUUGUGUAUUGGAGCCUCUGCUCCACUGUCUUUGUUGUACUUAUAGUAUUUACAGUCUAUAGAAUGUUAAUUGAAUCAAAUUAA